AUGUGUCGCUAUGGGAGUGGCGUCCAUCGGCUCUACUGUUGGCCUGAAUACAAGGGCGAAAAAGUGAUGCUUCGGACAGACUGUUUGUGGGCAAUUAAGCAUUUCAACAAUCAACCUAUUACCUAUCGCGAUAAGAAAAUUCAUAAAUUGGACGUUGAAGAUCUGAGAAACUUGAACUACUUGAAGUAUGUGGCGGGCAAUUUUCCGAAAGGGGUCGUUAUUCAAUACGUAACGAGUCACACAAAAGACGAGGAUCCGGGCCUUAAGAAGGCCGAUCAAUUGGCGACAGAUGCCAAUAAACGCCCCGAAGACAAAUCACGACCUAAGUCUGACCCCAAGGAGAUGGUGACAUGGGACCCAUCGAUUCAUCAACAUAUUAUAGAAGCAGGGAAAAAUGCCCAGAAGAAUUGGGACCAUUGCAAGAACGAGACUCCUAUGAAGAAGAGCAGACUCCUACUCGAGCGUUCCUUUACUAAAGGCAAAUCGAGGAUCGAAGUGCUUUUAAAUGAACCUGAAAACCGAUGGAUUCAAGCCCUUGAUAUUGUUUACUCGCCUAAA